AUGAGAGAUACGACAAAUAAUAUUAAAGACACAGAAAGCACUAACAGUAAUGCCGAAGACCUUACAAAUCAAUCCAACGAAGAUACUGACACAGAAGCUUCACGAAAUAGAAGAUUUAAAACGAGCAUGCGUAAAAAGACUAAAAUUCAGAAUAAUAGCGAUGAUGAGUUAUUGAAAUUAUUACAGGAUAAAACUUAUGAUGAGGAUGUUUCAUUUUGUGAAAUGAUCAUACCAAUGCUCAAGAAUCUCUCAACAGACCAGAAACAUUACGCGAAAAUUGAAAUUCUGAAUGUACUUAACAGAGCAACUAAAUAUUCACCACAAAAUUUUAUACCGCCUAGAGUCAGAUCCGCUAUGUUUCAAUAUCAAUCAUCAUCAUCAUCGUAUUUAUCUUACAUCCCAAAUAUGCCCUCACCCUACCCAAAUACUAUCCGUCAAUCUCCUUCUCCCCAAAUUUACCAAUACCCACCAUCUUUUCCUCAAUCUCCGCCUGAUCCGUCUCCUCAAACACAAUACACACCAUCUCGUAAUUCAACUGUCAUUCCACAAUCUCCACCUGAUCCGUCUCCUCAAACCCAAUACACACCAUCUCGUAAUCCAACUGUCAUACCUCAAACUCCGCCUGAUCCGUCUCCUCAAACCCAAUACACACCAUCUCGUAAUUCAACUGUCAUUCCUCAAUCUCCGCCUGAUCUGUCUCCUCAAACCCAAUACACACCAUCUAGUAAUUCAACUGUCAUUCCUCAAUCUCCGCCUGAUCCGUCUCCUCAAACCCAAUACACACCAUCUCGUAAUUCAACUGUCAUUCCUCAAUCUCCGCCUGAUCCGUCUCCUCAAACCCAAUACACACCAUCUCGUAAUUCAACUGUCAUUCCUCAAUCUCCGCCUGGUCCGUCUCCUCAAUCCCAAUACUCGCUGUCAAAUUUUCCAAAUACUUCAUUUAAUCAUUCUACAUUCGUAGUAGAGGGGAGUGGUUUUGACAUGAAAGAUUAUAUUUUAUUUAAAUAA